CACUCACACACUUGCACAAAGUUUAGUUUGGGAGGCUUGGAAGCAGUAGCUGUGUGUGAGUGAGUAAUUGGGGCUUUUGGAUACUGCUGGCUAAGAGAGGGAGGCUGUUAGAUAGCAGUAAACCAUAUAUAUAUCUGGAUUUCUUUCUUCUUGUUUUGUGAUUUGCUGUAGAUAGUGUUUAUGUAAAUAUUGGUUGGUAAUUUUUGUUUGGUAGACUUUAUGAAAAGCUAAUUUGUAGGUGCUGAUAAAGUGCUUAGGGCUGGAUGUACUGAUUUCUAAGUGAAUGACCACUUCUGUAAAUGUUUUCUUUUUUAAAUCAUUCGCAUAUGGAAUUGCUGAUUUAUUUAUUUUAAGCAUUAAUCUGUUCAUUAUUUGGUAAUUACAUUAUUAAAAGCUUAAUAUCUAAAUAAAGUUGUUAAAGCAGAUUUUGUUAACAGAUUCUCAGGGGUAUUAAAAACCUGGGAUCUCGAGUCAUGUUUGGAUACUAGAAUGCUUAUCUGAGGUCUUAGAGGAUAGAUAAACAGAAAGGAGCUCACACACACACAGCCAUGCUUCGGUUUUGGCUUCUUCUUGUGGCCAUUUUAACUGUGUGCCCAUUCUGUGAGGCCCAGGAUCUAGACAUUGAUUCCCUCAUUAUCCAGUACCGAGUCUCUGAAGAGCAACCAGAAGGCACAAAGGUGGGCAGCCUGGCAGAUGACCUACGUCAAAGGGGGGAGACUGGUCCACUGGAGGACUUCCGGAUUGUGAAACAUGGUCAGGCCCUGCCAUUCAGUGUCACAAGAGAUGGGGUGGUGUCAACACUGGGCCAGCUGGACCGGGAGAAGCUGUGUCAUGGAGCUGACCUUUGUGAAAUCGGCUUUAGUGUCCUCUUUAGGAAAGGUGGAGCUGUGGAUGUCCUGCGUGUGAGGGUGGAGGUGAUGGACCUGAACGAUCACAGUCCCUUCUUCCCCAACCCAGUGCAGGAGGUGGAGAUCUCAGAAACAGUGGGACUGAGGACACGGAUUCCUCUGGACCGUGCCAUGGAUCCAGAUGCAGGUCCCAAUGGCCUGCAGACUUACUCUCUUUCUUCCAAUCAACACUUUAUCCUGAGUAUUCGAUCCUCUGGAGGUACCAAACAAGCAGAGUUGGUGGUUGUAAAAGAGCUGGACAGAGAGACACAAGAGUCCUUUGAAUUAACACUGGAGGCCUGGGAUAAAGGCAGUCCACCAAGGUCUGGCAGCACCAAAGUAAGAGUCAUAAUCCUAGACUCCAAUGACAACAGUCCUGUGUUUGAGGAAAGUACUCCGAUAGUGGAGCUUCCAGAGGACUCAUUGCAAGGCACGGUAGUCAUAAACCUUCAUGCCACCGACCCUGAUCAGGGUGCUAAUGGAGAAGUUGAAUAUUCACUAAGUAAGCAUUCUCCAUUAGAUGUGCAAAGACUUUUUAGUGUGGAUCCUCAAACAGGCACUGUGAUCUUAAAAGGCCCCCUGGACUUUGAGGAGAAGAGAUCCUACGAGAUAGACAUUCAGGCUAAGGAUCGGGGGCAUAAUGCUAUACCCUCUCACUGCAAACUGCAAAUUCGACUUCAAGAUGUGAAUGACAAUGCACCUCGGAUACACAUCACGUGGAGCCCUCCAGAUUCCUCUGUGGCAACUGUAUCAGAGGGAGCGUCAAAUGAGACGUUUCUGGCUCUGGUGAUAGUGUCUGAUGCUGAUUCUGGGCCAAAUGGGAAGGUGCGAGCCCAUAUUCAGGAUGGGUCAGGCCCGUUCCGUCUUAAGCAAAUCCAUGGAGACAACUACAUGAUUGUUACAAAUGGAAGUCUGGAUCGGGAGCGACAGAUGGAAUACAAUUUGACUGUUUUAGCACAAGACAGUGGGGUUCCGUCUCUAUCUUGUGUCAGGCACCUGACUGUCUAUGUAUUGGAUGAGAAUGACAACGCACCAGUGUUUUCAAAGACCCACUAUGAAGGUGUUCUCAAGGAGAAUAAUGUACCUGGAUUUCAAGUUUUGACUUUAGAAGCCAGGGAUAUUGACCUUGAUCUCAGUGGAAAGGUAUCAUACUCGAUUAGAGAGUCAAAUGAACUGGGGACAUCAACUGCUUUCUUCUCUGUCCAUCCUACCAGUGGGGCUGUGACUGUCCAGCAGUCAUUAGACUACGAAGAACAACCCAUAUACACCUUUAUUGUGGAAGCAGUAGAUCAUGGCUACCCUCCUUUGACCAGCAGUGCCACAGUGCUCAUUGAGGUUCAGGAUGUUAAUGACAAUUACCCUGUCAUCAAUGAACCUUUUCCCAAGAAGGGUAUUGCGGUCAUUAGUGUCCCAGUUAAUGCUGAAAAGGGAGAGAUUGUAACUGAACUGGGGAACAAAGUUCACAGAACCCUGCAUCCACUGUUAAAUCAUUCUUCCCACCACAGACCUGAAGGAUUUCUGGCUACAACCAUUGUGGCCAGUGAUCCUGACACUGGACUCAAUGGAAAACUUCAGUUUAGGAUAAUAGAUGGGAACCCCACAGGACUGUUUUGGAUAGAUGAUACCACAGGCCAGCUGUAUGUGAACACCACAAAUGCCACUGAAUUAAUAGGCAGAGUUUUUAAAGUUGCCAUUGCAGUUUCAGACAUGGGUACACCUUCACUUAUCACAAGAACAACACUUGAGAUGACUUUCAUCAAUCUUCGUGACCACCUUAAGAACUCUUCUCCUGGCCAUCAGGCUCAGUUCAGUUUCACAGUUCUUUUAGCUAUCUGUCUCGGUGGAACAUGCUUGCUGUUGCUUCUAGCUGUUGCUUUGGUUACUACCUUCUGUCGUCCAGAAAAGCGAGACAACCAUGCUUACAACUGCAGAGAAGCCGAGUCUACCUACGCUAGUCACCCCCGCAGACCCCAGAAGCAUAUUCGCAAAGCUGACAUUCAGCUGGUCCCUGUGUUGAGGGGUCGGAGAGAAGAUCCAACUGAAGAAGAGGCCAAGCCACUGUCAUCUGAGUCACGUUUGCCAGAGGAUCCACACCCGCAGGGUCAGUUCAGUCUUUCACCAACACUUGCCCGCAUGACAAGAAGCCAAACUUACCCAGAGAAUGAUGGCGUCCUUCCACUCACACAAAGCAAGACACUCAGAAAACCUGGGAAUAUAGAGUUAGACAGUCCCCAUAGCCCUGCAGUAUCUUACAGAACCCUGCGCAAGGCCCGCAACCCUUCUGCAUCUUCAUCCGUACACUCACAGUUCAGCACGCUGAGACGCCAUAAGCCUGAAGAGGUUAUCACACCCACAGACUCCUCAGAGGCCAUGGCUCAUGGAACUUUUGGACAAGCCACCCUCCGAAGGCCAAAGAACUCAGAAAGAACUGGAAGGUUGGAAGAACAAGACCACAGACAGAUACUGAGGAACCUGGUGAGGCUCUCCAUGGCUGCCUUUGGGGAAAAUUCUAUUGAGCUGUCGUCUGCUUCACCUGAAGUACAGCAAGUGUCUCAGCUGCUGUCUUUGCUUCAUCAAGGUCAGCUUCAACCACGUCCAAAUUUCCGUGGCAACAAAUAUUCCCACCGAGCCACCCGGUCAGGCAUGCAGGACUCUGACUGGCAGAGUACGAAGGACAGUGGGCAUGGAGAGAGUGAACCCGGCGACGUGGACUGGGAGGCUGGCAGAGACUCUCCUGUGGACCAUUUACUUGAUGAUGGCCUCAGCCACCCUGAUGACGUCUUCUCAGAUGUUCCUGAUCCAGCGUGGAUGGCCCGGCUAUCCCUACCUCUGACAAGCGACUACCAUGAAAACCUUUAUGUACCUGAUGGGUUACCGUCCCCAGAUGAGCCAAGUCUCUCUUUGGGCGGCCUUGACGACUCAACCUCCUUCUCCACCUUUGGAAAAGCCCCAGAAAAAUCAGGCCAAUUGGGAGGUGAAGCACUGCUGUCAGAAGUGAGCACACUCUUCGAAAUGCUCCUGACACAGAAGGCCGACGCCCAACCACGUUCACCAGCCGACGUGCUCUACAGACUCUCCACGGCCUACCGCCGUUCCCUUGGCCUGGACAUGCUAGGGGCCAAGUGAAAAACUCGACACCCGUACUGGAGGUUUAGUGAAAACUUCCCACACGAUUCCAAGAUUAUUCUUGCUGACUUCUGCCAGAUUUUCCUGAACUUUGUAUCUAUGAAUAAAUACAUACCACAAAUAUUUGCUCAAUGAAGGAAGUGAGAAACGGCAAGUCCGACUGUUAAUGACUGUUUUAAACGGUUUACAAAUAUGGAGGUAUUGAAACUUCAUAUUAGCUAAGUUACUCCUAGCUAACUGGUGGAUAACUCUGCAGAUAACUCUGCUGUGCUGAGUAAAGAUAGCUUAAAGUAUGGACUAAAACGGUUACUUAAUAUCAUUCUGUGAGAUUAUUGGCGGGUUGCAAAGUAGAAAUCUGAAAGUUGCCUGAUUUAAGUAAAUCCAAUGUUGAUUGGAUUACUGAAAAAGAUUACUGCACAGUUUAAUAACUGCAGUUAUUCAGUGUAUGUAAACACAACAAGUGUUAGCCUACUCCCACUUAGCUCCAUAACAGCCGUCCAUCGGUUAGCUAUUAGGCUGACAUAAGCUAGCACUGAAAGACUGCAGAUUACAGAAAUCAUGUACAGUUAGCAUUAUCACAGCGGGACACAGUUGGACAGUGCAAUUCGAAUGUAGAGCCAUCUGAAAGGACACAUUUUUCUGGACGAGCUGAGAGAUACAGAACUGUCAGUGAAAGUGAAAAAAGCACGUGGACUAAAGUUCUACAUAGUUUUACUUUAAGAUUUUUUUUUCCUGAUUUAAGAAUUAUAAUGCAGAAAAGAAAUCUGUGAGAAAUCUCACCUCUGUUGUCACUGUUUUUGUGUUAAUUUUACUGAGUGUUUCCUCAGAUUCAUAUCACUGAUUCAUGCAGCUGUUUGCCAUCAUUUAGCAAGAAAGUCAUUGUGUGCAGUGUCUGCAAUGGAGCAUUUAUAUAACAGAGCCUAUGUUUCUGGAUGGGGCUUGGAGAAGGAAAUGGCUCUUUGUCUUAACGUAAGACUAAACAGUACAAGAACAAGUCAUGUCUCUAAGAAGAAAUGUGUGAAAUUUUCUACCACAAAGAUCUGUCGUUUCCACUGCUUGUGUAAAUCUCUACUGGAUAGAAAAUAAGAAUUAUUUGUGAAAUUCUUUAAAGAGUGUAUUGUAAACAUAAUAUGAUCUUUUUUUAAGAACUGCAGGCAUGGUAAGAACUGCUGGUGUGGUUCUAUGUCUGAAUAUGUGCCUAUAGGUAUAUUUGAGGAUUUUUUUAUGGAUUUUAAUAACAUUCUAUUGUUUGUAGAAAAAAAGCACACCAACUUUCCAGAUCUAAAAGAACUACAUAGGAAAGGUGCUAUAAGUUAUGGAUUUAAGAUGUACAUUUUGUUUGAUUUCUUUAAGUAUGCCAUAUUAGGACAUCUGCGAUGCUUUUGUAAAUAAUGAAUAACUGACAGCACUUUGUAUAUACAUUUUUGUAUACCAUUUGAAUAAAAUAAACAUUUAUAAAAAAAACUUACUGUACAAUUGGACUGAGAAUCACAGUUGUUUGGAGUAUAACUGGUCAUAUGAUCCAUGAAAAUAUAAGAACCACAACUCUAAAAAAGGCACUGUUUUUCUUUAACCACAUUGUGGAUUGGAAAUGUAGACA